AUGGAGGCAUCCCUGUUUCCACAGCUUUGUCGGUUGCUGAGUCUCCCAGCCGAAGUCAAACUCCACAUUGUCGAGUUUCUGGACAACCGGAGAGACCUCUACAACUUGUCCCAAACAUGCCGUAUUCUGGAAGACAUGGUUAUGGCUCGACUGUACCACACCGUCGACUUCGAACUGUCCCAGACUCGCAAGCCGACUUUCCGCGAGCCAGUCACCCAGUCAGUACGAGAGCUCACGAUCCGAAAUGGGCGGACCCAAAGGAGGGAUUCAAUGUACAGGCGCAGACGGAUCUCCAACGCAGGCUCCACCAGCGCCGGUGUCAAUGGCCUCCUGGAGAAGAUCCCCAGAAAUCAAUUGACACGCUUCGAGUUGUUUCACCAAACACCUAUGACUCUUCAAGUGCUCGACUUCCUCGCUCGACGGCACGGGAGUACGCUCCAACACCUCUCCUUCUACGGCCUCGAAGCCGGGAAAGAGGGUCUCGUGCCUAAGACCCUCAGCAGCUUGGAUGCUCGCACCGUGAAUGAUGGAGAAGGGGUGGAAAAGAUCAUAUCUGCGAACAAGAAGACCUUACAAAGUUUGUGCCUGGGACAAGAGAUGCAACUGAUAGAACGAUACCAGCAAAGCAGACUCGGUCUCUACAACCAGAUACCUCAACCGAGCGAGAUUUUCUUCACAUCUGCAUACGCGCUGGACUCAUUUCCUCAGCUCCGCGAGCUCUCUUUGUCCGGUCUGGACGUGAGUCUUCUCCGGCCAGCAUCGAUACCGCAGGCUCUUUUCUUCUGCCGCCUCGAGCGGCUUGUACUAGAAUCCUGCCCCGGCAGCAUCGAACUUCUGGAAUCAAUCGCGAGUACCUUCCAUUGGGCCACCACGGCUCCCGAAGCACCUCAAACCCCACAAGCGACCCCUUCGCUGAAACAUUUCCUCUUCCGCCACGAAAAUCCCACGACUGCGCUGAAAGACGCGACGGUCCGCUUUCUCACCUCCUUCACCGGCCUGCGCACCCUGUCACUGUUGUUCGAGAAUGCUGCCGUCUUGGAGCGGCCUAGCACAUUCAUCGCCGAGCACGGUCCUACCCUUGAGACCCUCGUCUUCGAAUCACGCAUCCAACCGCGCGAGCACUUGUCACUGGAUACAUCCCGCCCGUUCGGUGUCGGCGGCUACAGCCACGAAUUGUGGGAAGAAUCCAUCAACGACAUUGCUCGACUGUGUCCCAACCUCGUCGAGCUAGGCAUGGGAUUUCCCUGGACAGAUGAAAUGGUGCGGCUCAGAAAGACGGCCCUGCCGACCCUUCAGCACCUCAAGACCAUUCAUAUACGCAAUUUCCCCGAAAAUCAGGCCUUCAGCCAAUUAGGCGACUACAGCAUCAAAGAGUACGCGACCAAGUUCAUCGAGUGGGUGUUUCCUGCUCGGGUCGGUGGCGCGCGACCAGCGUUGGCACACCUCGCCAUCGGCCCUACCAUCUACGAAAGCAGGUGGAAGAUCACACCGCCGCUAGAGCCUCAGCCCACGCCACCGCCCCCGCAAGCACGAGCCGCAAUGCGGUCUCAACCACCGGAGUUUCUGAGGACCCACCACUUCUGCCUCGACUGGGCGAAGACGCGAUUCAACCGCUGGUCCGCCUUGAUCACGCCCGUGAGCGAGAAGUUCAUGGAAGAGAUCACAGGGCAGAAACCCCUGCGUGGCGUUUUCGAGCAGGUGUGGUUGAGAUAA